AUGAUUGAUGGUAAAUCAACUGAAUCGUGUUCAAGUAGUUCAAUAGAGAUGCAUUCAUCUAGUACUCAGGAAUUAAACUUGAAGUUAGAUUAUCCGACUGAUAGAGGACAUUUUAAAGGACUUACAACAGACAGCAAACUUAAACGAAGCAUUUUGACUUAUGGUCCAUGUAGAACAUUAAUACAGUUUCCAUACAGAAUUAUACAUGGCAAAAAUAGAAAAUUUUCAGUUGACUAUUACAAUAUGAAAACUAAAACUGGUGUUCUAAUUCCCCGUAUUUGGCUCUGUUACUCUGUUGAAUUAGAUAAAGUAUACUGUGAAACAUGCUGGCUUUUUGAUGAUUACAAUCAUCGAAAUUUUAAGUCAGAAUGGAUUGAGGGCAUUGACGAUUGGCAACAUUUGUCCCAAAAAAUAAUUUUUCAUGAAAUAUCAGGUACUCAUUUAGAUGCAAUGCAACUUAGACUUGCAUGGACAAAUAACUAUACUAUUGAUAAAGAGUUAGAAGUUCAAAUUUCUAAUGAAGCUAAAUAUUGGAGAGAUGUUUUGGAAAGAAUAAUAAAAAUAAUUUUAAGUCUUACUGCUGGUAAUUUGGCACUCCGUGGUAAUGAAACCAAACAAUUUUGCGAGGGAAAUUUUCUUAGAACAGUAAAACUAUUUGCAGAAUUUGACCCACUUUUAAGAACACUUCUUGAUAAAAAAGAUGGCCAUAUUAAAUAUCUUAGUCCAGCUAUUCAGAAUCAGUUAAUUGAAAUUUUAUGA